AUGUCAAAAGCAACACUUUCUGCCAGAUCUUGUGAUGAAAGUGUUCUUGAUCGACCAGGUGUUUGGCUCAAAUAUAAUUGCAUUUCAAAAACAGGAUGCAUAGGUGUGGAAUGGAUUAAUCCACCAAAUUCUACUGAAUUGGGUACAAUGUUUAUUGCCGAUUUAAAAUCGAAUGAUGAAAGUCAAUAUACAUGGAUCUGGAAAGGCCAAAAUGUUUCUAAUACGAAAAAAGAACUUCAAAAUGAUAAAAUUGCAUUAAAAGCUUUCAUACGACAUUCAAAUCGAGGUUGUGUCAAGUAUUGGCGAUGCCAAGAACGAUCAUGUUCUGCCAUCAUUCAUACCAACAAAAAUGAUCAUCUGAAGACUCGUAGUGGCAAUCAUAAUCAUGUACCAACACCAGAACGCAUCGAAUUGAUUCAAUUCAAAUAUGAAGUAAAGCGUCGUGUUCUCGAAGAAUCUACACCUAUUGCUCGUAUAUAUGAUCAACAACUAGCAGCUGCACAACUAACUCUUCCAGCUCUAUCAAUUGCACCUACGUCGAGAGAAGCUCAAUCAUCUUUCCAACACCUACGUCGAAAAACAACACCACCUCUUCCAGUAUCAGGUGAUUUUGAAAUACCAGAUCGAUGCAGUCAAACUUUAGAUGGCAAUAAUUUCCUUCUUUCUGAUACUACUGUUCGAAACAAACGUGUACUUGUAUUUGCUACCGGUCUUCAACUGGCCAUUUUUUUUCAAUCAUCGCACAUUUUUAUGGAUGGAACUUUCACCGUUUGUCCUCCAUACUUCGAUCAGGUUUUUACUAUGUAUUGUAUUCACCAUGAUCAAGCAAUACCAUGCAUCAUUGCUUUACUACCUGGUCGAUCAGCGAUGAUUUAUCAAUAUAUCUUUGAUUUACUCGAUAAUGAAGCUAAAGAACUUGGGCUUUCAUUUGGACCUGAUACGAUAACAAGUGAUUUUGAGCCAGGCUUAAUUAAAGCUAUCAAACGUCAAUUUCAUAAUUCGCGUCAUUUGGGGUGUUACUUUCAUCACACUCAAAGCGUUUACAAGAAGAUACAAUCACUUGGUCUCUCAUCUCAAUACAAAAAUGAUGAAGAAGUUCGAUCUCAUGCCAGAAAAUUGAUGGCAGUUCCUCUACUACCACUUGAAAAAAUGAAUUUAGCAUUUGAAUAUCUCGUUGAUAAUCAUCCAGCCUGUCUUGAUCCAUUAUUUAAUUAUUACGAAUCAUUUUGGAUGGAGUCAUUACCACUCAAAUUAUGGAAUGUUUCAAAUAUCAAAAUAAAAACCAACAACAUAGUCGAAGGUUGGCACAAUCGUUUUGCCAAUCGUAUUGAAAAAAAAUACCCCAACAUUUGGCACUUUAUUAAAGUUCUUCAACAAGAAGAAGUUUAUGUUAAACAAACUGUUCAACAUGUCAAAAUGGGAAAAAAAAGAAGCGCGGAAAAAAGACUUGUCGAAUUCAAGAAUGCCUCGAAAAUUUGGCUAAUCGAUAUACAAAAAAAGAAAUCACACUCAUUGAAUACCUCGAAGGACUUUCACUUUUGGUUGCACACAAAAAAUAGAAGUCAAAACAUAUAUGGUUCUUUUUUCUAUUCAUAUAUUUUCUGUAUCUUGUUGUUAUUGAUUUUCUGUAUUUAUUGGUUAGUGUUCUUCAAUAAACUGGUCGUUUAAUAUUUACGUUAUACGAUUUUUUUCCUAUAAAAAAAAUACAUCAUGUUAUAGUUAACUUUUUUUUGAUAUGGUACGUCGACGAAGUGUCGUGUCGACAAAAAUUUUUCGACGAAAUGUUUGUCAACGAAGUGUCGUGUCGACAAAAACUUUUCGAUGAAAUGUUAGUCGACGAAGUGUUAUGUCGACGAAAUGCUUGUCGACGAAAUAUCGUGUCGACGAAGUGUCUUUCGACAAAAAUUUUUCGACGAACAACAUAGUUACCGAUGUUUUGCAUUGACUCAACUGUGGCAUGCAUACAGUGCAUGGUUAGGAUGACCGAUUGAUGACUAUUCACCUUUCGUAUUAUAAUUCAGCUCAGUUAGCGGAAGAUAAAAAAAAAGGUAUAUCUUGUGCAGUGCGAAAGCUUUUCUUCAUUUUCAAAAAUGAACUGUGUCUUUUUUGAGAGAGUCAAUGACAGGCAUGUACUGAAGAGGAGAGAUCUAGUUCCCUCCUCAAGGAAAAAUUUCCGUAGGAGGAUACAGCAAAAAAUUUCGCCUUUGGAAAAUGUUUUUUUUUUUAGUGGUCAGUCCCUUCUCCUCCGAAAGUUCUGGCAUACGUGUCUGUUUAAUCCCUUGACUUCCAGCUUCUUUUCCCAUAUGUAGUAGGAAUGCACCAAUUCUCCAAAGGUCAUCUCAAAGACGACCUAGUUGCGGUGCUACAAACUGUCAAUUUCUGUCAAUUCUUCAGAUAAGAUAUGACCAGUUUUGAUUGCUCUAUUCUAUGAUAGUGUCGAUUUUAAUCGAAAUAGGAAAAAAAUACUAAAAUUGACCGAAAUUACCUAGAAAUUCGCAAAUUCGCAUUAUUUUUACCAAUCUCG